AUGGAGUUAAACCAUAUUCAAAAAUUGCCAAAAAAAGUUCGAAAAAAUACGGUAUUCUCUGAUGAAAAUGACGAUGAAAAUGGCAGACGACCGACGUUUGCGAAAAAGAGGAAAGAGAAAAAGGAGGUGGUGUUCUAUACGAAUUUCGAAGAAGUGCUCCAGAAGGUCAACGCAUUCGGACCCUAUCAAAUUUUUUGCUUCAUUGUCAUUCUUUAUGCGUCGAUUGAAUGGGCUGUCACCGCCCCAACCAAUGAUUCAACAUGCGAUUUUAUCAAGAAAAAUUGCCAAAGUUUGACUCCGAUUAAACAAAAUCUGGAAUUUUUCUCAAUCGUCGGACAAUUUCAAUUGAUUUGUGAUGAUAGUGAUAAGGUCGAGUAUAUUGAAGUGAUCAUGGCUGGAUCGUCGCUCAUCGGCAGCAUCAUCGGGGGUCAUAUGGGAGAUCAUUUCGGACGACAAACGAUUUUCUUCACUGGAGAACUUCUCAUCAUUAUCACCUCAAUGAUGUGUACAGCAGCUAGAUCUUGGAUAGCAUUUGCUGCGAUUCAAGGUGUCAAUUGUUUUAUUUACGGAGUCAUUGAAACGACAUCACUAACCAUGAUGGUAGAAUUCACAUCGAAUAAGUAUCGAGUGAUUAUGGUUAACGCAUUCCAAUGGCCGAUUGCUUAUAUGACAUCUGCAUUAAUCGCAUUUUUGACGAAAGGAUGGCAAGUGUAUUUUGUGUUCCUCAACUUGGUUUCUUCACCAUUGGCUAUUGGCUUCAUGUUGUUCUUAGAAUCUCCGAGAUGGUUAAUUGCGAGAAAUGAGCUCAGUCAGGCAUGUGAUGUUCUGAAUGAUAUUGCACAUCAGAGAUGGAAUAACACGAAGGCUAGAUUCACAACAAAGGACAUUUCGGCAAUUCAUAAACAGGAGAAACAGGGUUUCUAUUGGUUCUAUCAUUUGUUCAGCACCAAGCGUCUCGCCAAGCAAUCGUGCCUUCAAAUCAUUUCCGUCCUCACCUACGCCAUGGUUUCUAACACCUACCUUUUCACAGUUACAGGACUUCAUGACUCGGCCAUCAUGUUCACCUUCCUCGACGGAGUGUUCCGAUUGUUUGUUCCAAUUAUCAUUGUGAUUUUUGAUUUGAUGGUCCCAAGUUUCGGGCGUAAAAUCCAAUAUCUCGGAUCCCUAGUAAUCGAGGGAAUUCUCUUCGGUGUCAUCAUUGCUUUAGUGGCAACUGGAACAUGUACAUAUGACUCUAAACCAGUCACUAUUCUCGUUAUUAUUGCGACAAUGAUCAAUGAUUGUAUCUUCUGGAUCAAUAUUGUUCAAAUCACCACUCAACGUUAUCCUACUGUCAUCAGAUGUAUUGCUUUUGGAUUCUUGCACUCGUUUAGACACAUCGGAGCCAUCAUCGGAUUUGUGAUUUUGAAGCCUCUGCUAACUUCCAACUGGCCAACAGGAGCAUUUGUGAUACCAGAGGCAAUGAUCGUUUUAACAAUCUUCGUCGGAUUCUUCUUCCAACCAGAAACUAAAGGAAAGGCAUUAAUGGACCAGAUGGUUGAGGCAAAUUAUGGACGACUGGAGAAUGAAUUGCCGAGAGCGUUGAUGAGACUAGCCGCCGGUCAUCGUGUAGAUCAAAGUGAAAUGAGACAGCAACAUCGGAAGGAUCUGGAGAAAGCGAAGGCAGCCGAGUUGAUGGGACAAAAAGUGGAAAGUCCGUGGGUGUUCAAGGAGAAGGAUCCGAAUGAGAAGAAAGAUUGA